AUGGCCUUUUUUAAGCCAGUAAAACAACUCCACCCUCCGGAUGAUGGAUCGGGAUUUGCGUUCCCUUUUUUGCCGUACGAUAUUCAGUUGGAUUUCAUGCAAACGCUCUUCACGGUGCUGCACACUGGAGGCAUUGGCAUCUUCGAAAGUCCUACAGGCACAGGCAAAUCGUUGAGUUUAACCUGUGGAACAUUAACAUGGUUAAAGGAUUAUGAGCGACUGGUUGGGGAAGAGCUGCGCGAAACGUUUGAAAGGUUACGCAACGAAAUCACCAGACUGGAAAAAGAAAAUGAGGUCUCUAGUGACUGGAUCUCGGGACAGUACAGUGCGAUGGGUCAGCGAAAACAAUUGGAUGAGUUGAAUCUGUUUAAGCAAUCCAUCACAGAAUAUGACAAGCGUUUGGUACAGAUGAAGGAUAAAGGUGUUUUACACAAGAUUCGAUGGGAAAUGCUUCGAGCAAAGGAUGACACACUGAAGGAAGAGUCACUGCAGCAGGACGUUACAAUUGAUGAAGAUGAGUUUCUACUUCCGGAAGAAAGUGACGAUGAUAGUGACGAAGAUCCUGAUGCCGAUCGCCAAAAGGAAGAUGAGGAGGAGAACCGAUACCGUCCAGUGCGGGUGAUAUUUUGCAGUCGUACACAUUCCCAGUUGUCUCAGGUAGUUAACGAAGUGAAAGAAACGCAACACGCGAAAGAUCUUCGUCUCAUGUCUCUUGCAUCGCGUCAAAAUCUCUGCAUCAAUGCGGAGGUUCGAAAACUUAAAACCAGUACGCUUAUGAACGAACGAUGCUUGGAAUUGCUGAAGAAAGGAGGAAAGAAUAAAACGAACUCCAGCGACGAUGAUGGACGUGGCGUGAAGAAGCGAAGGAAACUCAGACACUCCUGUUCUUACUACAACCAGCGUGCAAUAGAAGGAUUGAAAAAUGGCAUCCUCUACGAAAUGCCCGAUAUAGAAGAUCUUGUGAAGGAGGGAAAGCGGGAAAAUGCCUGUCCUUAUUAUGCAUCUCGUGCAGCCAUUCCCGACUCACAAAUGCUGAUGGUCCCUUACCAGCUGAUCCUACAUCGACGCACACGACAACAAUCCGGUAUUGAUCUGCGCAAUUCAAUCCUCAUCAUCGAUGAAGCACACAAUCUGCUGGACACAAUUGCAGCUAUUCACAGUCAGGAACUGAAACAGGAACAGUUGCGCCAGGCGAAGAUACAUUUAUCCGCUUACAAGGCACGCUAUUUUUCUCGAUUUUCCACCAAAAACCUCUUACGGAUUAAUCAGCUCAUCUUCAUCGCUACCCGAUUGGAUAAAAUGUUAUCCCAUGUUGGUAAAACCAGCACCGCACGAUCGUCACGAAUGAUCGAUAGUCAAGAGUUGUUACUUGAGGCGGACAUAUUUAAUUUGAAUCUGUCCGAUAUACUUUCAUUCUGCGAACGUUCACGCAUUGCGCAGAAGGUGCACGGAUUUGCUCAAAGUUCGCCACGUGAAUUACUUGAACAGGAUGUAUCGCCCUUCCGUGGGAAGGUUGGCAACACAUCGCGAGGGUCAACGAGUGCAUUAAAAUCGUUGAUAAAGAAUCUUGAAGAGGACAAACAAAGCAAAGCGCAAACGAAGAAAGCUGGACGAUCAGCAACGAAGCAGACAAACCCGGAGCCGGUAGCCGUGGGUGACCAGGAAAAUGAUCAUCAAACACAAACGAAGCCUUUGAUAACAAAUGCAAUCCGACCGAUGAUCAACUUUCUCCAUUGUUUGAUGGAGGAUGGAAGUGGUGAUAGUCGGGUGUUAUUAUCGUACGACGAAAAGGAUCCAUCACAGGCAGCCAUGAAGUAUUUGCUGCUUAAUCCGGGUGCACGAUUUGAUGAAAUCGUCCAAAGUUGUCGUUCGGUUGUCCUUGCUGGAGGUACGAUGCAACCGACGGAUGAACUUACGGAACAGGUAUUUCGCCACUGCCGAGAACGAGUGACAAUCAAAAGCUAUCCCCACGUGGUCCCGAAGGAUGCGGUACUUCCCAUCGCGAUUGGCCGUGGACCGACUGGGAAAGAGUUUCUGUUUAAUUUCGCCAACAAACAAAACAUUGAAAUGCUGGACGAACUUCAGUCGACGCUACUAAACGUUUGUCAAGUGGUUCCGAAUGGCGUUGUGGUAUUUUUGAGCUCCUACGACUUCCUUGAUUUGUUCUACCGAAAGCUGGAAGAGUCUGGCAAUCGUGCACGGUUAGAGGAGCGUAAGAAAGUGUUCCGUGAACCGAAAAGCUCCGGUCAAGUAGAACAAAUCUUGGCUGAUUAUGGACGUGCCGCUCGAUCAGCCAUCGGCGCCAUACUAUUCAGCGUUGUCGGCGGUAAAUUGAGCGAAGGCUUAAACUUUUCCGAUGAACUCGGUCGGUGUGUAGUGGUGGUUGGUUUACCGUACCCGAAUCGUACCAAUCCGGAGUUGAUCGAACGGAUGCGAUACCUCGAUCGAAGCUUGCCAUCAUCUGGUGAGGUCGGAUCGUCGGCUGGUAACGAAUACUACGAAAAUCUUUGCAUGAAAGCUGUUAACCAGUGCAUAGGAAGAGCCGUUCGGCACAUAAGGGACUAUGCGGCCGUGAUUUUGCUCGACACGCGUUACUGCACGGGAGAACGCAUACGACGGAAGCUACCGGUGUGGAUUUCGGAGCGAUUGGAUUGUGCCGAACGGUACGGUCAGGCGCAUGGCAAGCUGGUGAAAUUUUUCCGCCAACACAAAGCAAAACGUGAGUAA